AUGCCUCGAAACGAUCACUUCAGAGCAGGCAGAGGGCCACUCGAAAAUAAUCCCAACCUAGAAUUACAACGCAGUCAUGUUUCCGGUGCUCUACCAUUCUUAAACCCCACUGUGGCUCGGUACAGACCCGCUAAAGCCAAGACCGAGACUGAAAAAGAGACCCAGCCAGAUCACCAAAGACCCACCAAAAUCGAACAUGUUUGGCGAUCCCGUGAUAAUCGCAAAGGACGCCAUGUCCUGCGAGUGGACUACGAUCACCCACAGACGAAGAACACCCCUCCUCUGACGUCGACAUACAAGGCUGUAACUAAUAGCAUCCUUCGCAUGGCCACAUAUUGCCCAUACUGGGAUGUAUCGUACCUAGUAGCAACAAUAUUCACCAUAGGCUCCGUGAUCUGGAUCAUUAAUGCCUUCUUCGUGUGGUUACCGCUACAGGAUCCCAGAUCCGAGUUUGCCGGCGAGGAACUCCAGGGCGGAGGAAUCACCGCAUUUAUAGGCGCGACGGUUUUCGAAAUAGGAAGUGUACUACUCCUGCUCGAGGCAGUCAAUGCUAAUCAAAGCGGAUGUUUUGGCUGGGCCUUAGAAACAGAGUUGAAAGGUGGAGAAGUACAAGACCCUGAGUCGCAGGUGUCAUUGACACGCGUAGACGCGUGUCAGCACCACCACGCCAACACCAAAAACCUAAUGGGAACUGGUAAGCUGGAUCACCGUCUCUCGCAUGAUAUAGCCACUGGGUAUGCGACGCCGCUGCCAGAAGGAAAAUCUUUCUGCUGGUGGCCUUCGCUGUAUGACCUCCGAACACACUAUAUGCACGAGUUAGGAUUUCUGGCGUCCUUAAUUCAGUUUUUAGCUGCGACUAUCUUCUGGAUUGCGGGAUUCACAGGUCUGCCAGGAAUCAUCAAUCAUAUGAGUCAAGGCCUGACAGAUGGAAUAUACUGGGUUCCUCAGAUAGUAGGCGGAGUCGGCUUUGUUAUAAGCGGCUUACUCUUCACUCUGGAAACACAGAAGAAGUGGUAUAUACCAGCCUUUAAUGUCCUGGGUUGGCAUAUUGGAGUUUGGAACUUCAUUGGCGGUGUUGGAUUUACUCUUUGCGGUGCGCUGGGGCCGGUGUCCAGUUCAUCUGGUAUCGAUUACCAGGCGUGUCUUGCUACCUUUUGGGGAUCGUGGGCUUUUAUGAUUGGGUCCACGGUGCAGUGGUAUGAGAGCUUGCAAAAGUAUCCUGUUGAGAAGAAGUAA